AUGGUAUUCGAACGAGACAUUCCAUCUUGCUCACCUCGUGAGGUGCUUAUUCAGUACCUUAGGCGUGCCCUGAUUGAUAUAUUACAACAAGUCCAAAACGGAAUUGACAGCGAUUGCAUUUCUUUCCGGCUGGAAAACUUAAUUGAUUUACUUUUGAGAUCGGCACAUCUUUACCAAGAUGGCGGACAGGUUUUAGCGGUUCUUCGUGCAGCGUUAACAGCAGUGGAAAAUUGCCGUCAAUCUGAGGAUGAUCCCACCACACCUGCAAUUGUUUAUAAUGGAAUGCGAGGUAGACCACGAAUGGAAAUACACGCUGAAACCUUAAAGUUUUUGCUGGAAUUUGGCUUUAACGCUCGGGAAAUUGCUUCGAUGUUGUCUGUGAGCAUUCGAACGAUUCAAAGAAGAAUGGCAAACUUCAACCUCAGAGAGGAGGUCCCCCGCUACACUCUCAUCUCUGACAACGAUUUAGACGAAACUUGCAGAGAAAUCAUUUCAGAAUUUCCUAACUGUGGGGUGAGAAGAAUGAGAGGAUUCUUAUUAUCCAUGGAUAUAAGGGUGUCUUGGGAGAGAAUAAGAGAAGCAAUGAGAAGGACAGAUCCUGAAGGCGUCCUUAUUAGGUCACUUCAAUUGAACAUAGUUCAUCGAAGAGAGUAUUCGGUGAGGGUUGCCCUGGCUCUCUGGCACAUCGACAGCAACCACAAACUUAUAAGGUACACGAAGUAUAUUCCUCUGUGUUCCAACUCCUCUUUGAAUAACUUUAAAAAAACAGACUGAUAAAAACUAACAGCCCCCUUGCGUCCAAAAAACUUGAGUGGUUGAGAAACGAAUAGACGGUGGCCUUAUAAUUUUUAUCCUUUAUAAUCUACCCUAAGGCAUUGAAACCGUUUCCUUUCGUCUGUUGCAAAGUAUUAAAUUAAAUUGCAUGUUCUCUUCUUCACGAAGGUGGAAUCUUGUUAUUCACGGUGCUAUCGAUGGUGCAACACGCCUAAUUACUUCUCUGCAUUGCUGCGACAACAAUAAAUCUGAGACUGUGUUUGACCUCUUCCUGAAAGCAGUGGAACAAUAUGGACUCCCAUCAAGAGUGCGAGGAGACCACGGCGUGGAGAACAUGGAUGUUGCUCGCUUCAUGUUGAGUCACCCACAGAGAGGACCCGAUCGUGGCAGUUUUAUCGCUGGCAAAAGUUGCCACAAUCAAAGGAUUGAGCGUCUAUGGAGGGAUCUGUUUACAGGAUGUACGUCAUUCUUCUACCAUACGUUUAUGUACCUCGAAGAACAUGGUUACCUAGAUAUUACAAAUCAGUUACACCUGUUUGCCCUGCACUAUGUGUAUCUCCCAAGAAUCAACAGGCAUUUGGAGCUUUUUAAAAGAGGAUGGGAUAUGCACCCGCUAUCUACAGAGGGAAAUAAAUCACCUGUGCAGCUAUGGUAUUUACUAAGGCCAGCUCAUUCAGUUGCAGGAAGUGAAUUAGGGGAAGCGGUAAGCAUGUAAUACGACAUUUACUCGUUGUUCUUUGUGUUCCAGGAUUAAACUAUAUGAGCAAACAGGGUACAAUAUAAUUUUCAUAAUUUUGUAGUUCUCUUCAGUUCCCGGUAGGAUUGCUCAGAUGGUAUAACCUUAAUUUUUUUCAUCACCGAGUUCAGUUGCAUCAUUUACCAAACAUUUUUCAGAAAACUAUAAAUGUUAGGUUUGACCUUCUUCUUUCUCCAUUUUAAUGAACCCAUUAGGAGAACAUCACUUACUAUGGUGUUGAUUGGGGUGGUCCUUUGCCAGAAAUGGAAGAAGACGAAUCAACGGCUGCUGUAGUUGUGCCAAGAAUUCCUUGCCCUUUGAGCGAUGCUGAUUAUAGCGAACUGGCAGCCUUACACAGUCCGGUUCGCCACAGCGAUGCAUUUGGCAUCGAUGUUUACAUAUCAGUAGUCGAGUUUAUUGCUGAAAAGCUGGGCUGCAACACGGGGUUCAUGCUAUUCUAA